UUCCUGACGGACAGAGUACGGGUGCCGGGCGGGCUCUCGCGGAAGUCCAUGCGCCAUUGGGAGGGCCGCAGUAGCUGCUCUGUGCCCUUGUUGCUGAGGGCCUCUUCCUGGGUCACUCCUGGAGCAGGGGCCGGACUGGGGCUGACACCGGGGCUCCGGCGUGGCCCUCUCGGCGCCCGUGUGACCUCCUCGCCGGCGGGAUGUGGCGACUACGCCGAGCCGCCGUGGCCUGUGAGGUCUGCCAAUCCUUAGUGAAACGUAGCUCUGGAAUCAAAGGAAGCUUACCACUACAAAAACUGCAUCUGGUUUCACGAAGCGUUUAUCAUUCACAUCAUCCUACCUUAAAGCUUCAAAGACCCCAAUUCCGGACAUCAUUUCAUCAGUUCUCCUCUUUAGCUAACCUUCCAUUACGUAAAUUGAAGCUUUCUCCAAUUAAAUAUGGCUACCAGCCUCACAGGAAUUUUUGGCCAGCGAGAUUAGCUGCAAGACUCUUAAAACUUCGAUAUCUCAUACUAGGAUCUGCUGUUGGUGGUGGCUAUACAGCCAAAAAAACUUUUGAUCAGUGGAAAGAUAUGAUACCUGACCUCAGUGACUAUAAAUGGAUUGUGCCUGACAUUGUGUGGGAGAUUGAUGAGUAUAUUGAUUUAGAGAAAAUUAGAAAAGCACUUCCUAAUUCAGACGACCUUGCAAAAUUGGCACCUGACUUUGAUAAAAUUGUUGAAAGCCUCAGUUUACUGAAGGACUUUUUCACCACAGGUCACAAAUUGGUUAGUGAAGUCAUAGGAGCUUCUGACCUACUUCUCUUGUUAGGUUCACCUGGAGAAACAGCAUUCAGAGCAACAGAUCACGGAUCUGAAAGUGACAAGCAUUAUAGAAAGGGUCUGCUUGGUGAGCUCAUUCUCUUACAACAGCAAAUUCAAGAGCAUGAAGAGGAAGCGCGCAGAGCCGCUGGCCAAUAUAACACAAGCUAUGCCCAACAGAAGCGCAAGGUUACAGACAAAGAGAAAAUUGACCAGCUUCAAGAAGAACUUCUGCAUACUCAGUUAAAGUACCAAAGGAUCUUGGAACGAUUAGAAAAAGAGAACAAAGAAUUAAGAAAAUUAGUAUUACAGAAAGAUGACAAAGGCAUCCAUCACAGAAAGCUUAAGAAAUCCUUGAUUGACAUGUAUUCUGAAGUUCUUGAUGUUCUAUCUGAUUAUGACGCCAGUUACAAUACACAAGAUCAUCUGCCAAGGGUUGUUGUGGUUGGAGAUCAGAGUGCUGGAAAAACUAGUGUGCUGGAAAUGAUUGCCCAAGCACGGAUAUUCCCUCGAGGAUCUGGGGAGAUGAUGACACGUUCUCCAGUUAAGGUCACUCUGAGUGAAGGUCCUCACCACGUGGCCUUGUUUAAAGAUAGUUCUCGGGAGUUCGAUCUUACCAAAGAGGAGGAUCUUGCAGCACUAAGACAUGAAAUAGAACUCCGAAUGAGGAAAAAUGUGAAAGAAGGCUGUACUGUUAGUCCUGAGACCAUAUCCUUAAACGUAAAAGGCCCCGGACUGCAAAGGAUGGUGCUUGUUGACUUACCAGGUGUGAUUAAUACUGUGACAUCAGGCAUGGCUCCUGACACAAAGGAAACUAUUUUCAGUAUCAGCAAAGCUUAUAUGCAGAAUCCUAAUGCCAUCAUACUAUGUAUUCAAGAUGGAUCUGUGGAUGCUGAACGUAGCAUUGUUACAGAUUUGGUCAGUCAAAUGGAUCCUCAUGGAAGGAGGACGAUAUUUGUUUUGACCAAAGUAGACCUGGCAGAAAAAAACGUGGCUAGCCCGAGCAGGAUUCAGCAGAUAAUUGAAGGAAAACUCUUCCCAAUGAAAGCUCUAGGUUAUUUUGCUGUUGUAACAGGAAAAGGGAACAGCUCUGAAAGCAUUGAAGCUAUAAGAGAAUAUGAAGAAGAAUUUUUUCAGAAUUCAAAACUCCUAAAGACAAGCAUGCUAAAGGCACACCAAGUGACUACAAGAAAUUUAAGCCUCGCUGUAUCAGACUGCUUUUGGAAAAUGGUACGAGAGUCCGUUGAGCAACAGGCUGAUAGUUUCAAAGCAACACGUUUUAACCUUGAAACUGAGUGGAAGAAUAACUAUCCUCGCCUACGAGAACUUGACCGGAACGAACUAUUUGAAAAAGCUAAAAACGAAAUCCUCGAUGAAGUUAUCAGUCUGAGCCAGGUCACACCAAAACAUUGGGAGGAAAUCCUUCAGCAGUCUUUGUGGGAAAGAGUAUCAACUCAUGUGAUUGAAAACAUCUAUCUUCCAGCUGCACAGACCAUGAAUUCAGGGACUUUUAAUACAACAGUGGACAUCAAGCUUAAACAGUGGACUGAUAAACAGCUUCCUAAUAAAGCAGUAGAGGUUGCUUGGGAGACCCUACAAGAAGAAUUUUCCCGCUUCAUGACAGAACCAAAAGGGAAAGAGCAUGAUGACAUAUUUGAUAAACUUAAAGAGGCUGUUAAGGAAGAAAGUAUUAAGCGCCACAAGUGGAAUGAUUUUGCGGAGGACAGCUUGAGGGUUAUCCAGCACAAUGCUUUAGAAGACCGUUCCAUAUCUGAUAAACAACAGUGGGAUGCCGCUAUUUAUUUUAUGGAAGAAGCUCUUCAGGCUCGCCUCAAGGACACUGAAAAUGCAAUUGAAAACAUGAUAGGUCCAGAUUGGAAAAAGAGAUGGUUAUACUGGAAGAACCGGACCCAAGAACAGUUUGUCCACAACGAAACCAAGAACGAAUUGGAGAAGAUGUUGAAGUGUAACGAGGAGCAUCCGGCAUAUCUCGCAAGCGAUGAGAUAACCACAGUGCGAAAGAACCUGGAAUCCCGAGGGGUAGAAGUGGACCCAAGCUUGAUUAAAGAUACUUGGCACCAAGUUUAUAGAAGACAUUUCUUGAAAACAGCUCUAAACCAUUGUAACCUUUGUCGAAGAGGCUUUUACUACUACCAAAGGCAUUUUGUAGAUUCUGAGUUGGAAUGCAAUGAUGUCGUCCUGUUCUGGCGAAUACAACGCAUGCUUGCCAUCACUGCAAAUACUUUGAGGCAGCAACUUACGAACACUGAAGUCAGGCGAUUAGAGAAAAAUGUGAAAGAGGUAUUGGAAGAUUUUGCUGAAGACAGCGAGAAGAAGGUAAAACUGCUCACUGGCAAACGAGUUCAGCUGGCUGAAGACCUCAAGAAAGUUAGAGAAAUUCAAGAAAAACUUGAUGCUUUUAUUGAAGCUCUUCAUCAGGAGAAAUAAAUGAAUCCUACUCAUAAUAUAAUCACCUCCGCAUACAUGUGAAGAAAGAAAACUCCAAAGUCUUUUGUCCUGCCUUUUUUCCUUCUGCUAUUCCACCUUUCUAAACAUGAAAUAAAGUCAUGGGGUGAAACUACUUAAUGCGAAUCAGA